AUGGUUAGUGAACAAUAUUCAAGUGCUCCUCUACGUACAGUUAAGGAAGUGCAGUUUGGGUUGUUCUCCCCAGAAGAAGUUCGUGGGAUUAGUGUAGCAAAGAUUAGAUUUCCAGAAACAAUGGACGAAACUCAAACAAGAGCCAAAAUCGGUGGGCUAAAUGAUCCAAGACUAGGUUCCAUUGAUCGUAAUUUGAAAUGUCAAACCUGUCAAGAGGGUAUGAACGAAUGUCCCGGUCAUUUUGGUCAUAUUGAUUUAGCUAAACCUGUUUUCCAUGUUGGGUUCAUCGCCAAGAUUAAGAAAGUUUGUGAGUCCGUUUGUAUGCAUUGUGGUAAGUUACUAUUGGAUGAACAUAAUGAACAGAUGAGACAAGCAAUGGCCAUUAAAGAUUCUAAAAAAAGAUUCAAUGCUGUGUGGACUUUAUGUAAAACUAAAAUGAUUUGUGAAACAGAUGUUCCAUCCGAUGAUGAUCCAACAACACUGAUAUCAAGAGGUGGUUGUGGUAAUGCUCAACCCUCUAUCCGUAAGGAUGGUUUGAAAUUAGUGGGUAGUUGGAAAAAAGAGAAAAAUACUAGCGAUGGUGAUGAACCUGAACAAAGAGUUUUAAGCACUGAAGAGAUUUUGAAUAUUUUCAAACAUAUUUCACCGGAAGAUUCUACAAGAAUGGGAUUUAGCGAAGAGUUUGCUCGUCCAGAAUGGAUGAUCUUAUGUGUCUUACCAGUGCCUCCACCACCUGUUCGUCCAUCUAUUUCCUUUAAUGAAUCUCAAAGAGGUGAAGAUGAUUUAACAUUUAAACUGGCUGAUAUUUUGAAGGCGAAUAUUAGUUUAGAAACUUUAGAACACAAUGGUGCCCCUCAUCACGCAAUUGAAGAAGCCGAAAGUCUGCUUCAAUUUCAUGUUGCAACAUAUAUGGAUAAUGAUAUUGCAGGUCAGCCACAAGCUCUUCAAAAAUCUGGUCGUCCGGUUAAAUCUAUCCGUGCUCGUUUAAAGGGUAAGGAAGGUCGUAUUAGAGGUAAUUUGAUGGGGAAGCGUGUUGAUUUCUCUGCAAGAACAGUCAUUUCAGGUGACCCUAACCUAGAAUUAGAUCAAGUUGGUGUACCAAAAUCUAUCGCAAGGACUCUUACGUACCCGGAGGUUGUUACUCCAUAUAAUAUUGAUCGUCUAACACAACUAGUCCGUAAUGGCCCUAAUGAACAUCCUGGUGCCAAAUAUGUUAUUCGUGACAACGGGGAUCGUAUUGACUUAAGAUAUAGCAAAAGAGCGGGUGAUAUACAACUACAAUAUGGCUGGAAAGUUGAACGUCAUAUUAUGGACGAUGAUCCUGUUCUGUUUAACCGUCAACCUUCUUUACAUAAAAUGUCCAUGAUGGCUCACAGAGUCAAAGUUAUUCCAUAUUCUACAUUUAGAUUAAAUCUGUCUGUCACUUCCCCAUAUAAUGCGGAUUUCGAUGGUGAUGAAAUGAAUUUACAUGUUCCACAAUCGGAAGAAACAAGAGCAGAAUUAUCUCAGUUAUGCGCAGUUCCACUUCAAAUUGUUUCAGCUCAAUCAAAUAAACCUUGUAUGGGUAUUGUGCAAGAUACUUUAUGUGGGAUUCGUAAACUUACAUUAAGAGAUACUUUUAUUGAGUUUGAUCAAGUGUUAAACAUGUUAUACUGGGUUCCUGAUUGGGAUGGGGUCAUUCCAACACCAGCUGUCCUGAAACCAAAACCAUUAUGGACGGGUAAACAAGUUUUAUCUGCCGCCAUUCCAAAGGGUAUUCAUUUGCAACGUUUCGAUGAAGGAACAACUUUAUUAUCACCCAAAGACAAUGGUAUGUUGGUCAUUGAUGGUCAAAUCAUAUUUGGGGUUGUUGAUAAGAAGACAGUUGGUUCAUCAAGUGGUGGGCUGAUUCAUGUUGUCACAAGAGAAAAGGGUCCUACUAUUUGCGCGAGAUUAUUUGGUAAUAUUCAAAAAAUUGUCAAUUUCUGGCUUCUACACAAUGGGUUUUCCACAGGUAUUGGUGAUACAAUUGCCGAUGGACAAACUAUUAAGGAAAUCACUGAAACUAUCGCUGAAGCUAAGAAGAAGGUUGAAGAUGUUACCAAAGAAGCUCAAGCAAAUUUACUAACGGCUAAGCAUGGUAUGACACUUCGUGAGUCUUUUGAAGAUAACGUUGUUCGUUUCCUAAAUGAAGCAAGAGAUAAAGCUGGUCGUUUAGCCGAAGUUAAUCUAAAUGAUCUAAAUAAUGUGAAACAGAUGGUUAGCGCUGGUUCCAAGGGUUCCUUUAUUAAUAUUGCUCAAAUGUCUGCUUGUGUCGGUCAACAAUCUGUUGAAGGUAAACGUAUUGGGUUUGGGUUCGUUGAUCGUACCCUACCCCAUUUCUCUAAAGAUGAUUACUCACCAGAAUCCAAGGGUUUUGUGGAGAAUUCUUACUUGAGAGGUUUGACACCACAAGAGUUUUUCUUCCAUGCUAUGGGUGGUCGUGAAGGUCUUAUCGAUACUGCUGUGAAGACAGCUGAAACAGGUUAUAUUCAACGUCGUCUAGUUAAAGCUCUGGAGGAUAUCAUGGUACAUUAUGAUGGUACAACGAGAAACUCUUUGGGUAAUGUUAUUCAAUUCAUAUAUGGUGAAGAUGGUAUUGAUGCUGCUCAUAUCGAAAAGCAAACUUUAGACACCAUAGGUGGCUCAGAUGUUGCCUUCGAGAGAAGAUAUAGAAUUGAUCUGUUGAACCCUGAACAUUCAUUGGACCCAACAUUACUUGAAUCUGGAUCCGAAAUUGCCGGUGACUUAAAAUUACAAGCUCUUUUGGACGAAGAAUACAAACAAUUAGUCGAGGACCGUAGAUUUUUAAGAGAAAUAUUUGUUGACGGUGAAUCAAAUUGGCCACUUCCUGUUAAUAUCAGACGUAUCAUCCAAAAUGCACAACAAACUUUCAGAAUUGAUCAUUCAAAACCAUCAGAUCUAACGAUCCGUGAUAUAGUAUUUGGUAUCAAAGAAUUACAAGAGCAUUUGCUAGUUUUACGUGGUAAGAGUGAAAUUAUUGAAAAGGCUCAAAGUGAUGCUAUUACACUAUUUUGUUGUUUAGUUCGUUCGCGUUUGGCCACUCGUAGAAUUCUACAAGAAUACAAACUAACGAAGCAAGCUUUCCAAUGGGUGUUAAAUAAUGUGGAAUCACAAUUUUUACGGUCCGUCGUUCAUCCUGGUGAAAUGGUUGGUGUUUUAGCUGCGCAAUCCAUCGGGGAACCUGCAACACAAAUGACAUUGAAUACUUUCCAUUUUGCUGGUGUGGCUUCUAAAAAAGUUACUUCCGGUGUUCCUCGUUUAAAGGAAAUUUUAAACGUUGCUAAAAAUAUGAAAACUCCAUCCUUGACAGUUUAUUUAAAGGAUGGUUAUUCAUCUGACCAAGAGAAGGCAAAGUUUAUCAGAUCUGCUAUCGAACAUACCACUUUGAAGAGUAUUACUGUUGCAUCUGAAAUUUACUACGAUCCUGAUCCACGUUCUACAGUCAUUCCUGAAGAUGAUGAAAUUAUUCAAUUACAUUUCUCGUUAAUGGAUGAUGAAACGGAGCAAUCGUUAGAUAGACAAUCUCCAUGGUUAUUGCGUUUAGAAUUAGAUCGUGCCGCCAUGAACGAUAAAGAUUUAACUAUGGGUCAAGUUGGUGAAAGAAUAAAAGAAACCUUUAAGAAUGAUUUGUUCGUUAUCUGGUCUGAAGAUAAUGCUGAGAAAUUAAUUAUUCGUUGUCGUGUUGUUCGUCCGAAGUCGUUGGAUGCCGAAACUGAAGCCGAAGAAGAUCAUAUGUUGAAGAAGAUCGAAAACACCAUGCUUGAAAAUAUUACACUACGUGGUGUUGAAAACAUUGAACGUGUGGUUAUGAUGAAAUAUGACCGUAAAGUACCUAGUGCUACUGGUGAAUAUGAGAAGGUACCAGAAUGGGUGUUAGAAACUGAUGGUGUCAAUUUAUCGGAAGUUAUGACUGUUCCGGGCAUUGAUGCUACAAGAAUAUACACAAACUCUUUCAUAGAUAUCAUGGAGGUUCUUGGUAUUGAAGCUGGUCGUGCGGCCCUAUACAGAGAAGUCUAUAACGUCAUUGCAUCUGAUGGUUCGUACGUUAAUUACCGUCACAUGGCAUUAUUGGUUGACGUCAUGACAACUCAAGGUGGACUAACUUCUGUUACUCGUCAUGGUUUUAACAGAGCUUCGACAGGUGCGUUGAUGAGAUGUUCUUUUGAAGAAACUGUUGAAAUUCUAUUCGAAGCAGGUGCAUCGGCUGAAUUGGAUGAUUGUCGUGGUGUCUCUGAAAAUGUGCUAUUGGGCCAAAUGGCUCCUAUUGGUACAGGUGCGUUUGAUGUCAUGAUUGAUGAAGAGUCUCUAGUGAAGUACAUGCCAGAGCAAAAGAUAACGGAGCUAGAAGACGAACAGGAUGGUGGUGCUACUCCAUAUAGUAAUGAAAGUGGGUUGGUUAACACUGAAAUUGAUGUCAAGGAUGAAAUGAUGUUCUCACCAUUAGUCGAUUCGGGUACAACUGAAGCCAUGGAUGGAGGAUUUACUGAAUAUGGUGGUGUAUCAUCUCCAUUCGGUGCUUAUGGUGAUGGUCCAUCAUCGCCUGGGUUUGGUGAUGUUUCAUCACCUGGAUUCUCUCCUACAUCUCCAGCCUACUCGCCAACAUCCCCAAGCUAUAGCCCAACAUCUCCAUCAUAUUCUCCUACAUCUCCAUCAUACUCGCCAACAUCUCCAUCAUACUCACCAACAUCACCAAGUUAUAGUCCAACAUCACCCUCCUACUCUCCUACAUCUCCAAGCUACAGUCCUACAUCUCCAUCGUAUUCACCAACCUCACCUUCAUAUUCCCCAACCUCUCCAAGUUAUAGCCCUACAUCUCCAAGCUACAGUCCAACUUCUCCAUCUUAUUCACCAACUUCACCUUCAUAUUCUCCAACAUCACCAAGUUAUAGCCCUACUUCGCCAAGUUAUAGCCCAACAUCACCAUCAUAUUCCCCCACAUCCCCAAGCUAUAGUCCAACUUCUCCAUCCUAUUCUCCAACUUCACCCACAUACAGCCCUACUUCUCCUUCAUACUCUCCCAAUGCUGGUAACUACAGUCCAGGAUCACCUGCUAACUCACCCAACGAAGAGGAGAAGAAAGAUAAGAAUAAGAACGAAGAUUCUUCAUAA